AUGAAAAAGCUAAAUUUUUCGGGAGGAGAACCGUUCUUAAAACCCAAGUAUCUUGCCGAAUUAUUACAAUAUUCAAAAACAGAGUUACAAUUGGAAUCUGUAUCAAUUGUAAGCAAUGGCAGCAAAAUUGAGAGAAAAUUUCUUGAAAAGUACAAAGCCUAUGUUGACAUACUCGCAAUCUCGUGCGAUUCAUUUAACGAAAGAACCAACCAAAAAAUUGGACGAGGCAAAGGGACGCACGUUCACAAGAUAACGCAGAUAUCUCAAUGGUGCCAAGAAUAUGGCAUAAAGUUUAAGCUAAACACUGUUGUCAAUAAAUACAACUGGGAAGAAGACAUGAAUGUACACAUCGAGCACCUUCGCCCCUUUCGCUGGAAAUGCUUCCAAGUGCUUAUAUUAGAGAACGAAAACGGCGGCAAUAAUACUUUGCGUGAUGCUCGCGAAUUCGUUAUUACUCAUAACGAAUUUCAAUCAUUUAUUGAUCGACACCAACAGCAUACUUGUAUUGUUCCGGAACCGAACAAUGUAAUGAUGAAUUCUUAUCUAAUCUUGGACGAACAUUUAUGUUUUUUAAAUUGCACCGAUAACGACAAGAGGCCGAGCGACUCACUCUUACAUGUCGAUAUACAAACGGCCCUCAAACAAGCUGGCUGGGACCAGUGUGCGUUUGUUAAAAGAUCGGGCGUUUAUGCCUGGUCAAAAAAUAAUAAUAGUUGUGGAAGCGCUUCAAGCGAUAAUCGGCUUGAUUGGUAA